AUGAUGGAAGUUUGCUAUAAUAAUAACAAUGAAUGGGUCCGCAAUCCGGCUCAACGAAAACCAAAACGCGAUUUCCGAUUCCAGGUAAUCGAGGUGAACAGCACCCCGAAAUGGUUUGUGUGGCCAUCGCGGAAAGGAUCCGUGGACCUGGACGAGAAUUGCAAUGGAAACAACAAGACACAAACCUCGCUGACCCCGUCAUCCACCCCAUCGCAAGCCUUUGCCACCCCGUCAUCCACUCAAUCAUCAGCCUAUUCCACUUCUUCGAACACCUCCACUCAUCAGGCGAAUCACAAUGGAUAUGGGAGUGUCCGGCGAUCGCUCGUGCGAAGAAGAAAUGGAGAUGUGGAGCCAACAUCUCUCUCGGUUCCUCCUCGAUGUGCCGCGUGUCACUGUCAAAUUUUGACACCGGAUCGCCCGCGUUUAGAGUCACCGGUGAGGAAAUUGUCGAUCAAAAAGGAUAAGGCGAAGACCGAGCCACUUUCCACGUCGAUGCCUACGUUUCAGAUCCUCUCAAUCGAGAAAAAGUGGGAAUCAUUUGACGCCGAGGACGACGAUGAUGAGGGAUUGGAUGAGGGUGUGUCCGGGUUGCAGAUCGACUCGAAAGAAACGCGUCGUUGGACCACUCAA